UCAGCGGCGCCUUUAGCGUCCCGCGCCGGAAGGUGCUUUACGUCAUUGGCGUCCCGCCGGAAGCGGGUGUGUCGGGCCGCAGCGCGCUGCGGCGGAGGCUGAGCCCGGACCCCGCCAUGGCGGCUCCGCCCGCCCCGCCCCCCGCCGGGGGGACCCCAGCCCCAGGACCCGGCCCCGCGGGGGGCGCCGCGGCUGCGGGGGGGCCCAAGAGUGGGGAGGAGCGACUGAAAGAGAUGGAGGCGGAGAUGGCGCUGUUUGAGCAGGAGGUGCUGGGGGCCCCUGUCUCCCUGCCCUCCGGGGCCCCGGUGGUGGAGGCUGUCCCGGUAGCUCUGGCAGUGCCGGCUGUGUCCACGGUGCCCCCCGUCCCAGUGAUCCGGCCCAUCAUCGCCACUAACACCUACCAGCAGGUCCAGCAGAGCUUAGAAGCCCGGGCGGCUGCCGCAGCCACCGUCGUGGCCCCCAUCGUGGCACCCCCGGUACCGUUCGUGGGACCAGUGAACUUCAGCACUGGCGAGAGGUGCCGGAUCGACAGCCCUGAGAACCGAAGCCCCCUCUUCAUCCGCAGGGCAGUUGUCCCUCCACAGAGGCCUCCGAUCCUUCGACCAGCCUUUGUGCCUCAUGUCCUGCAGAGAUCUGCUGGUGCUCCCAGGCCCCUGGCGAUGCGUCCGCCUCACCACCCAGCCAUGGUGGGGCCCCCCAUGCCCGGUCCCCAGGGCCCACAGAUGAUGAUGGGGCCCCCCAUGCAGAGGCCUCCUGGCCCGCUCAUGGGGCCCAUAGGGCCGAUGAGAACUGGCCCACCGGUGGGACCCGGGGUCCCCAUCGGCCCGAUCACUCCUCUGAUGUCGGUUCCCCGCCCCCCCGUCGUGGCAGCUCCGAAGAUAAACCCCAUGGUGAUCCAGGCAGCCCCCACGGUGUACUCCGCACCGCCGGUGAAAAAGCAGGAGGAGGAGCUGCGGGAGCAGCCCCCACCAGUCGUGGUGGAGGAGAAGGAGCCAGGGGGGCUGGAGGAGGCUGUGAUCGGCCCCAGCAUGCCCGAGGUGGAGCCUGUGAUGCCAGAGGCCAGGGUGCUGCCUGCGCUGCGUGGGCCUGAACUGGGGCCCAUACGGGGGCGGAGGCCCCGGGGCCCCGAACCUGGAUUUCCACCAAUGGAGCCCGUGGUGGAGCCUGUGGUCGAGGACAAGAAGAAAACGAGGCAGGAAAAGCUAAAGCGCUGCAUCCGCACGGCGGCCGGGAGCUGCUGGGAGGACUCCAGCCUGCUGGAGUGGGACUCAGAUGACUUCCGGAUCUUCUGCGGGGACCUGGGCAACGAGGUGAACGACGACAUCCUGGCCCGGGCCUUCAGCCGCUACCCGUCCUUCCUCAAGGCCAAGGUGAUCCGGGACAAGCGCACCGGCAAGACCAAGGGCUACGGGUUCGUCAGCUUCAAGGACCCCAACGACUACGUCCGCGCCAUGCGGGAGAUGAACGGUAAAUACGUGGGCAGCCGCCCCAUCAAGCUGCGCAAGAGCAUGUGGAAGGAUCGCAACAUCGAUGUGGUGCGCAAGAAGCAGAAAGAGAAGAAGAAACUUGGACUGAGAUAGCCGGGGGGGGCCUUGCCCCCUGCCAGCCCAGGCCCCCCAGCCCAGGGGCCCCAGCCGACACCAGGCAGACUAGGUCCCCGCCUGCCCUGGGGCUAUGGUGCUGGGUGGCCAGCCACCGCGCCCCCUUUCUGUCUGUCUUGUAUGAUAGCUCCUGGCCCAGGGCAGCUUCCUCCAUGGACUCUCCAGUGCCCCCUCAGGUGCUGCCGGGGGUAGCGGUGCCCAUGGGGGGCAGGCAUGUGUGUAACGCUCUCCACAGGGCUGGGGGCUCUACCCUAAUAAAUGUUCAUUUUUCUUUUGUACUUACAA